UUGGCUUGCGUCGUCUUUGUCGCGCUCGAGAAUCCGCGAAUUUUUGUAGAAAACUACGAAUUUCAAGGGCCGUGAUCGGUGGAAAACACGUUUCCGAAGUGGUUCUGCUGGUGUCCUUCCGGUGGUGGAUGGCAAAAACGUAAGCGGGAGCGAUGAUGGAAGGUGUGAAAAUGGAGCGGAUCCUAGCGCACGCCACCGAUGACAGCAGCAACACGAACGAUGCCGCCAGCAUAUUCAACGCAAACGCAACCGGCAAUCCGGCAACUUCCAGUGGGGUCACCUCCCUGAUCAUGGUGCCCUUUACUCCCGGUACACCCGGCAAAGAAUCCGUAAGACCGCAGAACGUGCGCCGCUCGGCACCGGCCAAACCGACGUUCGAGAAGGACAAGUACAGCUUCCUGUGCGACCUGCAGAUGUUCCACGACAAGAAUGGGACACCAUACACGAAACUUCCAAAAAUUAGUGGCCGUGAAGUGGAUCUACACAAACUCUACUCGGUCGUUAUCGGACGCGGAGGAUGGAUGAAGGUCAAUGCUCGGGAGGACUGGGAUGAGGUGAUCGAAGAACUGGAGCUACCGACGCGCUGCGUAAACAACGAGAUUGCCCUAAAACAGAUCUACAUUCGCUUCCUGGACCGAUACGAACGUGUCAACUUCCACGGCGAGGAUAAAGAUCCGGCCGAAGAUGAGGAUGAUGAGAAGCGAUUACAUCGGCGCUGGUCCGUUCGGGCACUACAUACAAUGCCGAGCGUCUACAACCAUCACCAGCACAACGUACCGGAUGCCCUGCGAUCAUCGCUCAAGCUGUCGGACGAUCUGUACCGUGCUUCGGAGUACGAUAAGCUGAUCCUAUCGCUGCUAUCGCCCCUGCCGAACGAGCAGGACUUUGCAAUUAACGUGUGCACGCUGAUGUCGAACGAGAACAAGCACACACUGCACAUCGAUCGCUGUCCACGGCUGGUGUAUGCACUGUUGGCGCAUGCCGGUGUUUUCAAUCACUUCACGCUGCGCGAUACUUUCAACGAGUAUUACUCGAACAUCCGCAAGAACUCGCUGCAGCGCUUCUGGAAGGAGUGUUUGUUCGAAAAACCGCAAGUGCUGGAGCUGUCGCUGGAGGAUUGUUUCGCCAAGAUGGGCACCGAUCCGAGUGCGCUCAUUGCCAGCAUCUACAAGGAUGAAGAGGAACUGGAAAGAGAGAAAGCGGAAGACGCCGAUGAUGGGCUCGAUCUGGGUGGCGACCAGAAUGACGGCCGCAGUCGCUUAAGCAUGGCCACGCUACGUACCUUUCUCAGCCUUGGCACGGGACUGGGAACAAACGAUUACAUUGGCCAGCGAGUGCUUCAGAUUGCGGCCAUCUUUCGUAACCUGAGCUUUAACGAGGAAAACCUAUCGCUGCUAGGCCGCAACCGUACCUUUGUCCGGUUUCUCAUCAUGUGUGCAAACGCGCGCUGGAACAACUUGCACCACAUGGGGCUCGAUAUGCUCGGUAACAUAGCCCACGAUAUCGAUCUGAACGAUCCUCAGUCGGACGAGGUGACACGAUGCCUGCUGUUCACCCUCUCGGAGGGACUAGAAGGUGCUGAUCGUGGUGUGAUCAUCAGCUGCCUGGAGGUGCUGAGUAAGAUCGCACAAAAGGAAUCCAACGAGGACACCCUGAACCGGUGCCUAAACCAGGAGCUGUACAAUCAAAUCACACUGUUUCUCUGCCUGAACGACAUUAUGCUACUGCUGUACACGCUCGAGUGUAUCUACUCGCUAACCUCGAUGGGCGAAAAGCCCUGCCACGCGAUCAUGCACAUCCGGGGUGUACUGGAGACGCUGGUAUCGCUGGUAACAGUCGAGGCUCAAAGCUACGGUCCCGAUGCGUGCAUUCUGAUGCGCGUGGUUGAAACCAUUCCAGGCAAUGUUGCUACCAACCAGCAGCAGGCACCGUACCAUGGAACCGCGGUACCCGGUUCGGCUACCACGAUGGCCCAGCUUACCGUGCACAAGGAUGCACCGCAUGGAGCCGCUACUGUCGGUUUGGCAUACCCUACACAGGACACUCCAAAACAUCAUAUGGUUAACAGCAAUAAUCCGAUGGUAGCUGCUGGGGCUGCCGGAAAUAAACCGAUGCCCGCGCUAACGAUACCAUCAGUUCCACAGCAGCAGCAGCAGCAGCAGCAGCCAGUACAACCAGCGAACAACCAAACGACGAUGGCGGCUACCAGCUCUCGUCCACCAGCCGCCAAUUCACCACAAUCCGGUAGCAUGCUGGUACAACGAACGGAUACAAACACGGCCACCAUCGUUCAAUCGCCUGGCCAGCCAACGAUCGUGAGCAACACCAGCUCGCUAGCCGCCAAACACUUUCAGCAGCAGCAGGUCCUAGAGAGUGAACAGUUUGCGAGUGCCUGGUUGAAGGCAACGUUUGAGCUACAUUCUGCUCCAGCCAUCCGCACCGAUCAGCAGGAGGUGUACAAGCUGUACAUCGCGACGAAUGGCAAGCUCGGGCGGAAGGU